AUGCCGCCCAAGAAGACGGAGGCGGCCUUGCUCGCAGACGUCGCAGAGCAUCGUCGGUGGGCGACUGCCAAUUUGACGGCCCUGAGAGCACGGGGCGGCAUCGGCUUGAAGGCGAAGCUUCAGCAGAGGGCGGGGCUCGAGGAACAGCGGAUUUACAAGUGGUACGUGAAGCACGCGGGCGUCGCAUCUGAUCAUCCGACAGUUGCCGCUGCCCUGUCGGAGCUGGACGCCCUGGUCAAUGACUCCCUCGGCCCGGCAGCGUCGGCGUGCCCCGACGACGCCCCGCCGGCAAAGCAGAGGCGCCUGACCGAGAGGGGUGGCGAGGCUGCUGCCUGCGCGGCGCCGUUGCAGGGCGAGUCACGGCCUGGCCAGUCGACGCCGGCAGCUCGAGGGGUUGUCCCGACGGCUUGCUCGGCUGGACACGGCCCGGCGGCUGCAGCAGCGGCCAAGGCGUCUCCCGCUUCAACGCCGCCCAUCGGCAUCGAAGAGACCCCGGCGAAGAGGCCUCGCCUGUUCGCCGACGGGCUCGGUGCGACGCCCGCGCAGACCACCGGCGGCCUGACGCCUGCCACCGCGGAGGCCUUGGCAAGGUCGUGCCGCAAGAGCCCGUGGGAGUCCCCGUUGGUCGACGAUUCCGUGAGGCUUGCUCACCCAGGGAAUCCCGCGAGAGGUGCCUCGCGGCCCGUCGAGCGGCCGCGCUUGCGCCCGCGGGAAGAGGAGCGCCUCCUGGCGGCAGUGCCGCGGAAAGCUGUGAAAGAUCUGUACGUGCACGUCCGCGAUGAGGCUCUGCGCCUAGGCAACGGAGAGUACCUCCCACAAUGGCGCGAGAACAAGCCAAAGUAUCGACAGCUGAACUACGUGUGGAAUUUGCACCAGCACGGCGAGCUCCAGGCGGCCGAGUACGCUCUGUUGGCGCACCAGCCUCACAUUAUUGGCCCAGAGCUCUUCGGCGCAGUGGAGAAGGUGGACAGCAGCGCCUGGCGGUGGACUUUCAAGCCGGCAGGAGUUGACGUGGAAGGACCGCAGGUGGAAUCUCGGGCCGACGCGGCGCGAGCCCUGGCCGGGCUGCAGGCGCGGCUGUACCCCGAGUGGCAUCACCCAGGCACUCGCGAGCAACACCUCCGCGCCCUGCUGCGCGACGACGACCGGCAGCAGCAGAUGCGCGGCCUGCUCGCUCAGCCUGGCAUGCGGUUCGCCAGAGCGGCCGUGCUGGGAGCAGCCGCGUCAGCGCCCCGAGACGGCCGCGCGGGCGCCGCUGGCUUCCCCAACCUGACAAACACGUGCUACAUCAAUGCCGUGGUGCAGUGCUUGUACCACACGCACCCCUUCCGCGCAGACAUCGAGGGCAUGCAGCCGGGCGCCAGCAACAUGGGGGACCGCCUGCGGGACUUGUUCUGUGCGCGCAGCUCCCCUGCUUCCACGGCCGGCGACAUUCGCCCGCCGUUGGUGGCCCUUGUCCGCCAGAUCUUGCAGCAGCCGCCAGGCUUUGAGUCCGGUCGCCAACAGGACGCGGCGGAGUGCCUGAUGCGCGUCCUCGAGCACGCGGACCUCGGAGGAGUGCGGCGCCGCGUCUGCGGGGACGGCGCAGCCGCGAGCGUCGAGGGCAUGGUGCACUGCUGCGCGGCCGAGGAGGCCCAGGUGGGUCGCGAUGCGCCGCCUGUGCCCAUGGCCGCCAUGAUCCAGGCGUCCCUCACGGGCGAGCAGGCCGUCCGUGAGGCUUCGGAGGCAGUGGUCCUCCGCGUGGAGAGCAUGUACGAACAGGAUGGCAGACAGUUCGCGGUGGACGCGCGGGCGGACUGGCGGGACACUGUCUUCCCCGUCAGCAUUCUCAACGGAGACGCCGUUUCUUACGAGGUGGCGGCCUUCGCGCAGCACCGCGCCGCGCGCGGCGUACCACCUCUGCAGCGGAUGCGCGGCGGCCACUACGUCGCCUACGUCAACAAGGGCGGGCGCUGGUUCGAGCUCGACGAUGCCGUCGUGACGGAGCUGCCUGAGCCGCCUGACGCGUAUCCGUACUUGGUCUUCCUGGCCCGCGCGAGGCCCAGACGGUCGAUUCCGAUGGGCGGGAAGCGGCGCGACCCUCGUGGGCCUGACGACGCUCUGGAGGCUGCUGCCAGGCUGUCGCGAGUGAUGCCUGCGGCGUCGGGAGGGGCCGCUGCUGGCUUAGCAUCCGGAUCGGGCAGCGGCAGCCGCGGCUUGCCACAGGCUGCAGGCUCAGCGGCUGGUCAAGGCCGGACAGGCAGGGACUGGAGUGGCAGAGACCAGUCUGGUAGAGACGAGACUGGAAAGGACCAGACUGGUAGGAACCGCAGCGGUCAGCCAAGGGGCAUUGCUGGAGUGCACCCAGCUGCCAGGGCCGUCUGGAACGCUUCAGCUGCCGCGGACAACAGAGACCACACCCGGGCAGACCCCGAGAACAGCGCGGACAACCCUUUCAAGCGGUACGUGGAUAACUGGGAUCUGCGACGCACCAGCGCAGAUGUGAAAUGCCGCACCUGGUCGCAGAGGGCCGAGCCGUCGGGCCCCCAGCCGUGCCGGCUCUGCCAGGGCCGAGACUUCGCGUUCCGCGAAGAUUGGAAGAAGCACGUGGACGACGAGCACGGUGGCGUCCAGCGCUACCGCAACGCUCUCUUCUCGUCGCUGUCGCUGAAGCCCUAUGUUGUCAAGGGAGAGGAGUGGCGCGCGAUCGUGGCCAAUUAUGCGGAGUUCUACGCCAGGGCCGCCGUGGACUGGGAGAAGCCGACUGAGCGCAUGCGUGAGCUCGCUCAGACUCCCGAGGGGUUGUCUGCAGAUGAGCGCUGGGCGCCCCGGACCCGCUGUGCGUGCGUCUUCUGCGCCAGGCUGCACUGGUCCGAGGACCUCUCCUUGGAGUUCCUAGCAGGCAAGGACUGCUUCAUGAAGAACCCCGAGGCCGUGGCCAAGCUGUUGUCUUGGGAGGUUUACCACAAGCACUGGCCCGACAUCCCCGAGGCCGAGCUCCGCGGCCUCCGCCGUGCGUCUGCGCAUUGGGAACACGACACAUUCCAACUUGUCCUCAUGCACAAGCGGCGGAAUGACCCGCUCUUCCGCAAUGCCAACUUGUCGCACCAGAUGCUCCUCGCACUCGCCCGCGUCGUGACGACCAAGGUGGUGCUGCGCCCCGAGAGCUACGACAAGCAGCGCAGCGGCGACGGGCCCACGUGGGACUUCCUCUUCCACCAGACGGGCAUGGUGGGCUCCGCAAUCCUCUUCGGGAACGCGUCGUGCAAGGAGGCCAUGGAGCGUUUCCCUCCGGCUUCCAUCAAGGACGCCUUCGCGGUGACUUUCCUGGCAGCCAAGCAGGACGCGGCGAAAGAGCAGCCGCCAGACGGCUCGGAGAAUGCAGCGGGACAGUGGCGCCGCGAGGGUCUGGCUGGCGACGCCGCCAGGCAGCAGGACGCCGCCCGGCGCGCCGUCCGGGGCAUCGCGCGCCUCAAGGUGAACCGCGCCGAGUUUGACUCGCAGGCGCAAGCGCUGCAGUCCACGAGCGUCGUCUACAAAGACAAGGAUUACGACGAGGCGCUGGUUGCCCAGUGGUGCCCCAACCCGCUGAUUCCUGAGGUGCCCCCGGUGGUGUUGGACAGCGUCGUGGCCGUGCCGUUGGAGGAUUCGCCCGGCGCCGUCGUGGCCGCGGGACCAGCCGACGCCACGGCGGCCGGGGCGCAGGAUAUGGAAGACGCAGACGUUCAGGCGUGCAAGGAAUCCCGGUACGUGAGCGCGUUCAGCGAGGAGGACAUCCCGGGCGCGGCCGCCUCGGCGGGGGCCUUGGAGGUGACGGCGCUGAUCAAGCAGCUGGAGGAGCUGGACGCGACAGCGCAGCGCUCCGUGGCCAAGGAGACAGAGCACGCCAUCGAGUCAGGCAGCGCGCUGCUGGACGAGGCGGGCAGGGAGCGAGUCUUGCAGCUCUGCGAGUCCGUUCGAAACCGCGCUGCUCGGUUGUCGCGCCCGGAGCGGGAGCUGCGGCUGCAGGAGGACCUCGCGCGCGCCGCGCUGGGCGAACCGGUCAGGCCUCGACAGGCGGGGGGGGCCGAGGCGACCAUGGCGAACCUCGAGGUGACGCGCGGCACGGCGCCCCUGUCGCUGUUCGAUUGGAAGGUGCGGACGCAGGCGCGCCCGAGCCUGUGGCGCUACGGCGACGCCGGUCACCUGGACCCGAAACGAACGGGGACCUACCCGCAGUUGCUCGCCCACGAGUGGAUCACGCGCCUGUGCAUGCGGGAGGAGAUGGAGUACACUCUGGACACCGACGAGGAGAAGCCGUACCGCGUGCGGGAGAACGACGACGAUCCAGAGGUCAACCGGUUCGCGGCGGACUGGGUGUCGUUGCACAUGUUCGCCACGUUGCACUUCUUGACGGAGCGCCACCAGUCCGCCUUCGCCUUCCUGAAGAACGGAGGCAUGAAGUGGGCCGAGAAAGUGCAGCACCUCACGCCGGAUGCCCUGGCGGCGGCCGCCCGCGCUCACGCGGGUGGCGGCGGCGUGGCGGCUUUGGCAAGCAACGCCAACGUGCCCAACGUGGUUCGGGACGCCCUGAACAUCAUGCAGAUGGCCGUCGCGGACGUUGUCGGCACCGACGAACAUCGGCGCCUCUGCCGCCACGAGGGGGUUGCCUACAUGGCGCUCUUCGGGUGCCCCUUGAUCUUCGCCACCCCGAACGUAGCGGACACGAAGCAGCCACUGUUCGUCAGGGUGGAGGGCCAGGAGAUCCCGCUCGACGACCGGAGCAUUCCAGGCCUGCGCAGCGACGUCAUCCCAAAGUACCGAGACAUGAUGCGGCGCGUCGCCCAGGACCCGGUCGGCCAGACCGUGUGCUUCGAGCUCAUCAUGCGCCUCUUCUUCAUCCACGUCCUCGGCGUCCGCCCCGAGUGCGUGGGCGGCCGCCGGCGCGGCGUUCCUCCCAGGAAACGCUGCUCCUGGGACUGGUGCACCGACGGCGUGGCGGCGUCCUCGACCGCCCCGGGGAUCUUUGGGCCCGUGCAAGCUUUCCGCGGAGAGAUCGAGGCGCAAGGUCGGGGAUCGCUCCAUCCGCACAUCCUGGUGUGGUUGUGCGCCCUCUCGACGCGGCAGCUCGUGCACGUGCUCCGACGCCAUCCUGCCGCUUUCCGAGAGCGCCUGGGCAAGUGGAUGGGGGCGUGCGUCAUGGCCGUGGAGAGCACCUGCCAGAGUUCCGUAGAGGUGUUGCCGCGGCGUUUCGGGCACGUCGACCAGCGCGUGGACCCGCUGCCAUUCUCUGUCAUCGAACGAGACCAGUCGCGCUUCGACGGGGGCAGCGAGCUGGACGCGCUCCGCGAAGAGAAGCAGGCGGGCGCGGAGCUGACCGAGGACCAGGAGACCUUCCUGGAGACCGAGGACCGGGACUCCUGGCUCCGGCCCGAUCUGCCGUUGCGGGACGCCACAGGCCGCGAGUUGGCGCCGGGGGAGAAGGCACCGCCGCGGCCGUCCUCAUACGGCAUGCCCAUCGAUGCUUUCGCCGUGGGGAAAUGCCCCGCGGACGUCCGGGAGCUCGCCAAGGAGACGAUGACGCACGUGUGCGGAGAGAGCUGCUACAAGUACUCGGGCAACAAGACCACGAAGAUCUGCCGCCACGGCUUCUACUACAUCGUCACGCUUGCGGAUUGGCGCAGGCGCAGGCGAGGGAAGCCUCUGCGGAACGCCAUGUUCGUGGUGCGAUCCUCGACGCACGGCAUGCAGGGUCGUCUGUUGCACUUCCAGCUCCACCCGUCUGAGUGCAUUACCAACUACGCCGGCGCCGCGGCUGGACGCUUCAACCUGGAUGCGCAGGACCUCCGACGAGUCAGCGACCCCAAAGCGUGGUUGGACGAGGGCGAGGUGCUCCCGCACGUCGGCUCGCAACCCAAGCUGGGGUACAUGGGCACGUACGAGCUGGGCGAUGCCGACGCUUACGUCAACCGCCCGGAGGUUCCGGAGAAGCCGCUCGCGUGGACGGACGACUGCUCGCCGGAGGAGUGGCGCGACAUUAUGCUGCAGUGCCAGACGGAGGACGCGGAGGGCGAGGACGCGGAUGACGCGGACGCCGCGGACACCUUCGCGGACCAGCUGGAACUGGAUGCCCAGGCAGCGUUCAGCGACGGCCUGAACACGGGCUUCUACAUCAACUCCUACACGACGAAGCAGUGCCCCAGCAUGGAGGGCGUCCUCGUGGAGAUGCGGCGCGGCCUGGAGCGGCUGCAGGCGCAGCGACAGGCGCAGCAGGACAAGAUGAAGCUGGAGCUGCAGCAGCGAGGAGACGACCCCGAGAAGACUCUGUCCGCCGCCGACCGGAGAGCGCUCGGGGGUAAGUCCAAGUUCGGGGAGACGCUGGAUCUGGUGAAGAAUCUGUCCGCAUCGUACCGCCGAUGCUACUGGAAGAGCGGGCCAGAGAUGCGUCGGGCCACAGGCUCGGGCGCGCCUGCGUCCACACCUUCCAAUCGAACAGCGACAGGGGCGCCGUGCCGCGCGUCACCUCGAGGUUCGCCAUGGUCGCCUCGGCCCCCCCCGCCUGUCGAGGCCUGA